AACUAGUAUAAAAUAAAUCGGGUCUACGGGUUCGGACCCGUUCCAUGUGACCGUUUAAACUAUCGGGUUUAACGGGCGCGUCCAACCUCCCUUUGCCACCGCGUCGCCACCGCACCAAGCGAGGUCGGCGAGAGCAGCCGCCGCGGAAGCCAUGGCGAACAAGGCGACGGUGGCGACCUCCUGGCGUUGGCGGCUUCUGCUGCUGCUCCUCGUCGCCGUGGCCGCCCUGUGCUGGAUCCCACCGGCUAUCGCCGCGGCGGCGGCGGCGGCCGCAUCGACGGCCUCGGGAGCGCGGAGGUCUCUGCUCGUCUUCGUGGAGGCGCAGGGGAACGCCUCCUACCAGUGCACACCAUCCGGCCCCUGCGUGCCCUGCCAGUACUCGGAGAAGAACGAUGAAAAGUACAGCUGCAGCGAAACUGGUUAUCGCCUGCCUUUGAAAUGUGUACAAGUUCAAAAUGUUACAAAAGAAGGAAACAAGAGCAAGCAGAGGAAGGUAUUAGAUGAUGCAUCCACAUCAGGUGGUGCAAAGCAUUAUAUUACUUACAGGAGUUGUGUGCCGUUGGAGGAUGAAGAGAAGUUGUCUGUUCUUGGUUUCGAGGUAAUAAUGGCCGGGAUGUUGCUAGUAAGUGGCCCUUUUGUAUAUUACCGGAAACGACGUGCAAAUCUUAUGCAGGGGGCUGCAAGAAUCCCAACAAGCCCUCCUAGGUUCUAGUCUGGGAUAAUAACGGAUCGGAAUGGUUAAGUUGAUUUGGUGUAUCUUUCUUCUGAUGGUCUUUUCGCCUGUUUGUACUAUUGUAUUUAUACAUGUAAUUCUGGAAGAGGCGAAGAGCUUGUUAGGUCUCACAGGAGUAGAAACCACAGUGUCUAGUCUCAUUGUGGCUUGCUUUCUUGAAUCAAAUUUCUUGUAUGUAUUAUAAAUACAAAUUUAUGAUUUUGUUACACAAAGAAGUUGCCCUGACCAAGGAACAACUCUGUUGCUGUUGAUCAAUCGUGUGACUUGCUGUUUCUGCUUCAAUGCAAAGGUUGAGUA